AUGGUGUAUAAAAAGGUAGUGGAAAUCGGCCGCGUAGUCUUCGUUGCCAAAGGUGAUGGCGGUGGAAAACUGGCAACUAUUGUUGAUGUUGUUGAUGGAAAUAGAGCCUUGAUUGACGGGCCAACCACAGGAGUGAGACGUUCGGUUCGUAAUUUUAAAGACCUCCAUCUGACGAAAUUUCAUAUACCGCUGAGACAUGGAAUGCGUACAAAAAAUGUCAAAAAAGCAUUUGAUGAAGCAAAAAUUAGCGAGAAGUGGGCAGAAACUUUAUGGGCGCAAAAACUUGCUAAAAAAGCAAUUCUUGAUCAUUACAUGCAAAAAGUAAUUGAUAACCAACCUAGCUUUGGGGGUUUCUUGAAACAGGCAAUUUUGUCAGUGGAUACUGUCAGCAUGGAGUG